CAGUUUCCCCUGUGUAUCUGGGCACCUCACUUCCAGCUGUGCACUGGGGCUGGGUCCUUGGAGGGCCAGGGUCCCUCCAGUGACUGGGAGGACGGGAGGUGAAGCCCUGAGGGGUGACGGCCAGUCCUGCCCACCAGCCUGGGGCGGGGCUAGAGGCCGAUCUUGGAGAUCCCCGCCUGCUGGUUUCCUCCGGGGUCAGCCAGGCUCCUUAUCAGUCUCGGCCAGGCGGCCAGGACCUUAUCUGCGCUGGCCCAGCAUCCUCCAGCCACUGCGCCAGGGGGACCCAUGCUGCUGCCACCACUAAGGCCCCAAGCCCUUGGGAGCCCAGGAAGAGGUUGAAGCCCAGACAGAGUGGUCAUCUGCUUGGGCCACAGAGUGGAGAGGCUGGAGGGAGCAGGGCUGGGGAGCCUGGCUUGAAGCUGGAACCACAUCCUGGCCCUGACCGGCAGAGCCAGGGCACUAAGCAGGCAGCAGGACAAGUGCUGGGGUGAGCACCCCCUCGGGGUCCAUGUGCCCACCCCAGGCCCAGGCAGAGGUGGCCUCCACCAUGACUGAGAAGGCUGAGAUGGUGUGUGCCUCCAGCCCAGCGCCUGCCCCGCUCCCCAAGCCUGCCUCACCUGGGACCCCAAAGGCAGAGGAGGUGGGCCACGGAGGUACCUUAUCCCCCAGGCUGCCCCCUGGUGUCCCAGUGAUCAGCCUGGGCCACACUAGGCCCCCAGGGGCAGCCAUGGCCACCACAGAGCUGAGUGCCCUUCGGCCCCCACUGCUGCAAUUCUCCGCCCUGGGAAAUGCCCCAACCUCUCUGGCCCUGCAUUACCAUCCUCACCCCUUCUUCAACAGCCUCUACAUUGGGCCAGCAGGACCUUUUAGCAUCUUCCCUAGCAGCCGGCUGAAGCGAAGACCAAGCCACUGUGAGCUGGAGCUGGCUGAGGGGCAACAGCCCCAGAAGGUGGCCCGGCGUGUGUUCACCAAUAGCCGCGAGCGCUGGCGGCAGCAGAACGUGAACGGCGCCUUCGCAGAGCUCAGGAAGCUGCUGCCCACGCACCCGCCCGACCGGAAGCUGAGCAAGAAUGAGGUGCUCCGCCUUGCCAUGAAGUACAUUGGCUUCCUGGUGCGGCUGCUGCGAGACCAGGCAGCGGCUCUGGCAGCAGGCCCCACGACGCCCGGACCCCGCAAACGGCUGGCGCACCGAGGGCCAGACGACGGCGCCCGCUGUGGGCCUUGUCACAGGGCUGAGGCGGUAGCGAGCCUGCAGCCCGAAGCCCUGGCCUGCCCCAAUGGCAGCCCCGGUGGGGCAGCGCGCCCCAUCAAGACGGAAAAAGUGGCUGUAAGCCCAGAGGUGCGGUGACCUCCAUCGCCUCUGGGCCGAAGGGCACUGGGGACUCAGCCCUGGGCCAUCGAGGAAGGGGUGGACCACGCACUGCGCUUAUUCUGGAGCUCAGAGGGACUAAUGAGAACGUAACCUGCGGGGGGGGGGGGGGGGGGGUCUGGAAGGGUGACUAUCGCCCCCAGGGACCCUACAGACCCUCUUAUCACCCACCACCCGUUGGAAGCGGCCUUCCCCACAUCCUCCUCCUGGAGGCGAGGUCCAGGAACAUCAACAUGGCAGAGCCGUCAUCGGA